GGUGAUGAAUCGUUGGUAACCAUCGACCAGACUACACAGCGCAACAACCCAGAAGACAGAAAUCUUCGUGAAUAGAAUCUUUUGUUUCGUGGUGUCCUUCAGAUGUGCUAUAGGUAUUUUUAAAAAAUCUCAGUAUUUGGAGACAGGGCCCAAAGCUGUAGCUUGUUUAACUUAUAUGUAAAACUAGCACUGAUUACAGAGUCACAACCAACUUUUUAACUGCCACCUUGAGGGCGCAUUUGUUCGUUACUGUAAAACUUUAUGAGAUAAACAAUUAGAUUUUUUUUCCUAAAAUAGCAUUUUAUGGUGAAGUGAUUGACAGGCAUGUAAUAUGAAGGGAGAAACAAAAACCAAAAAAUGUUUGUUGAAAAACUUACUGGGAAGAAAGAACCAAGAGAUAACCAUGGAAAGCAAUAACAAAAUUAAUUUCUUAUUAAUGGAUUGUAAAGACAGGAACUAGACAAUGCUGACAGAUUUUGCUCAGUCCCACCAAAAAGGAUUGCAAAUUUUCUUGAAGACAUCUGCACCGAGCAUUUAUGAGCCAUCAUGAGUCCUGUUUUUACUGAUAAGAAAUUUGGCAAAUUAGGGCACCAAUGUACCUUAAUCGCACCUGUGGCUGCUGGUGAGUGGACAGUCCGUGCCAUUGACUGCUUCAAGUGUGUUUCGCUGAACGGAAACUACCCAGCAUGCGAUGAUCCGUUCCACAAUAACUUCACAACUGGAAUCCUGGAAGCACCAUGCCUGGGUGGGCGCAAAGGACGUAAUGGACUGUUCCCUGCCACGGCAUGUAUCAAGCUGGCAGGUAUUUACGAUGACACUGGUGACAGCAUCACAGUACGUGGCUGCGCACUCGACAGCGGUACUCUCACUACUGACACCGAGAUCAUCCGUAUGUCCCACUGUGGUGGUUUCUACUUUGAUGACAGGUACGUGCGUGGCUGCCUCCAGAGCUGCGACGAUGCAGAUGCUUGUAACAAGUCUCCCACAUUGCAAACAUCUCUUGGGCUACUAGCAUUGUGUUCCAUCACAUUGAUGACCACAUAAUAUGAGUUGUACGAACAGAGGCACUCACCAUACAGAGAAAGAUCAAAGAGACCCGUGCACUAACUGAACACAAAGCAAGAUCGUUAGUGCCUUGAGGAAUAUCUGGACUGCUUCUUAGAAAACACUGUUUAAUUGUUGCUUGAAGUCAGAAGUUAAACUUGUGUUAUGAGACAA